GGCAGUCUCAUCACCUCCUUCAUUUACCAAACCUCUCACUAAUCACUCUUCAUACAUAUAGUAAAGAACAAUCAGGAUGUCUCGUAAGAACACUCAUGUCCCAAUUUUCGAAGUAGCAUUCGCAAACUGCUAUAUAUCAGACGACCGACCUCGCAGUGCAAACAAGCUAGUUCCAUCAAGGUCAAUUCCUUAUUUGUCGUUCGGAGAUGAUUUGUAUCAAGAAUCUGGUCCUCAGAAUGAACCAAAAAUCAGUUCUAACUUCAAAGCUGUAAAGCCAAUUGGUGAUUUUCUCAGAGAUGGCCCAACUUCACUCGAUUUCUGGAAAUUGUUUAAGAUGCUCCCUGUCGGAGUACGAAACAGGAUUUACAAGCUUUUGAUAUUCGCUUGGUCCCCAGAUGCCCAGUUUGCACGCCUCUCUCGCAAUGGAAGACGAUUUUCUAUCUCCAGAAGAGUUUCCGAGGUACAACGAGCUCUUCCUCCUAUCCAUUACUUAUCAGACGAUGUUUUGGGUCUUACAGAAGAUGAUCUUGAGGACUGGACAAAUGAGAAACAUUGGGAUCAGUCAGAAGGAAUGCUUGAUUUCUUCAAGCCAAACGAAUACCAGAGUAUUCAGAAAUUAAUAUGGCUUUUGGAAAAAGUUGAAUAUGCACUCCAACUCGAUGAACCAAGCAGCAACAACCCUACCACGGGCGAGAAAGGAAAUGGCAAAGAGAUACAAAAGAUGGACGUCGUAUAUGAUGGAUAUAUCAAUCUCUGGAAAGAGAUUGUCGACUUCUUCUGGGACAACGUUGUUAUUGACUUUGGCGAACGUCUAAAUUUUGGCACUAUUGUUUUAAAUGAGUCUAAGAAACAAAAAAUUGUAUUUUGAUCCCUCCCUAAUCCGAAUUCCGAACUAACCGACGUGUAGGUACAAAUUCGUCGAUGUACCACUAAGGACAAUCAUGCAGAAGUUAAACAUAUAUGUUUACACGUGGACAACAUUUGGCAUUACCAAGAGCACACUGUGGAUGAGCAAUUCUCGGACCA